GGCCUGCUGCAUGCGUUCGUCUGGCUGAGUGCCGAUUUGAUGUACCACUCUGCUCCUUGACUUGCUUGAAGUGUAUGUUGUGAUCUUUCAAUCUGCCGUGGUGUCAGAAUGCAAAAGCGACGUCGUAGCAAAUUAUGGAUGGAGCAUGUGCUGCAUCAAACCGAAGAGGAAGGGUGGAUGACGAAAUAUGUCAACGUUCAUUGUCUGCCCUACAUAUUUAUCGCGAACCAAGUACUUCUCUAUCUUGGAACUUUCUUUCACAUUAUCUUAUUCGCCGUGAGAAUUUACAAGUAUGGCAUUUAUUCGAGUCAAUCAAGAACUCUGCGAGCUCUUCCCUUCAUCAUCGUCGGAUGGAUGCUGAAUCGUUCUGCUAGCGAGCUUUCGAUGAAGGACAAGAUCAAAACGGCUUUGGUUCUCAGAUGUCUUAUCUGGUUACGGAUGCUUUCAUUUUCCGCGGAAUGCUUUCAAAAUAAUGUUGUUAGGGAGCAAAGAUUUGUUGCAAUGCUCAUUCUGUGUUUUGUGUCGAUGCUCUACAAUUCAAGCUGGUACAGUCAUUCUGUUUUUACAGGCAUUGUCUGUUUUUCGAGAAUUGCUGCAGUGACAUUCUUUCCGUAUAUUGAAAUCCGCGACGAUGAGAUUCUAUACUUGUGCGCAAGUGUUGUGUUGUACGGGUCCACAGUGUAUGGAUACGGACGAACUCAAAAAUUUGUUCUCGGGAUUCGUUAAAGAAAGUGAUGUGCUAAACAAUAUCAUGUGUCCUUGAAUUUUCUUGCCCUGAACAAUGAGAGGGUUUAGCUUUGCAUCAA